GAACCCUUUCUCUGGCGAGUGAGGUUGAUCCUUGCUGCGACCGAGGGAGAGGGGAGCUUUCGGAAUCGAGGAAACGAAACAAUGGCGGCUAACUGCGUGAGGCAAACCCUACGAGCAUCUUCGGCUUCUGCGAAAACCCUUUGGAGUUCUUCUCCUGCAGCUUUCGCUUCAAAAGCUUCUAAGUUGAGUGGACUCGCCGCUUCCAAGCCCAACUUAGCUUCUCGUUCAUCUUUUCAGAAACUCAAUUCCUCUAGGCUUCCGGUGGAGUUGGCUGGUUUGCAGUCUUUGAUGCCAUUGCACAGUGCUACUGCCUCGGCCUUGUCCACGUCUUUGCUGUCUUUGCACAAUAACAAGUGGGGUUGUCUAUCAGAAGGAUUUGCUACCCCACUAUAACAGGACCAAUGUGCUUGUGCUAUAGGUAUAAACCAGCGGCAGUCCUUUUGUUUUGUCAUGUUUUUUUUUAUUACAUUUGAGAUUAAUGUAACUUCAAAAAAGAGAUAGAUUGGUUUUUUUUUUUCUUCACUGGUUUUGUGACAGAGACCUGACUUCUGCAUGUCCUCAUUCUUUGAGAAUUUGGAAAAAGGAUCAUCAAUACCAACAUUGGAUAAGCUUGUAAUUAGCUUAUUUCAUUAGUAGUACAAAUAAAACUAUAAAAUUGAUCAUUUUUGAACACUUAUAUGUUUAUUGUCAAUGAACGAAUUAAUAUAUGAACAUAUUCACA